UGAAGCGAGCGAGUGAUGAUGAUGGCUUGGAGGUUCCACCGACUCGUCGUCUCCUGUGUCUUGGCGGUGGCCGUGCUGAGGUGCAGCGGCCCGGUGGAAGCCGGCCGCCGGGGCGGGCUCCUGGCGAGAACGGCGCCUACCGCGGCGGACCAGUUCCUGACCGGCCACAACGAGGCGCGGAAGGCGGUCCUGGUCGGGCCGCUCCAGUGGAGCGCGAACCUGAGCUCGAGUGCGAGCGCGCUGGUAAGCCACCAGAAACAGACCAGGAGCUGCGAGUUCGCGGACCUGGAGUCGAGCACCUACGGGGCGAACCAGGCGUGGACGAGCUACCCGGUGAGCCCGGAGGAGGCGGUGCGGUCGUGGGUGGGGGAGAGGAAGUACUACAGCUACGAGAACAACUCGUGCGCCGCGGGGCACGAGUGCGGGACGUACACGCAGGUGGUGUGGCGGAAGACGGCGGAGGUGGGAUGCGCUCAGGCCACCUGUGGCAAGCGAGGGUCGACGCUCACGCUCUGCCUUUACCUUCCCCAUGGCAACGUCCAGGGGCAGAAGCCGUACUAGACUAACGUCGCUUUGAUAUGCUCAUGAUGUGUUCGAUCUUUCGUAGUGAGCGAGAGAGAGAGAGAGAGAGAGGUGGGAGUAUUCUGUGACUACAAUAAAUGAUGGAUGGAUGGCUUCGAGCCAUAAAUAAUGCUGAGUACUGUUGAGGUAAAUCUCGAGGGCCUUACAAACAUUAUAAUAUGUUAUACUCCUCUUCUACCAAUCCACAAAAAAUAGUCAAUACUUUGGUAAGUAUAGUAUAUUGUAGGAAUCACAUGUUUGACACGUGGGUGCUGUCGUCAUCGCAUCACAUCGGGAAACAUCACUAGAGGAAAUGGGAAGCAUGCGUGUGAUGUGGAUGUCUGCUGAUUGUGGAUUCGAGUCGAGUAAUUAACCUCCGGCAAAAUCCGGAAAGAAAGUAAUGGAUCGAAUCGAUUCCCAACUUAGUUUUGCUCGGACCAGCCGGAAAGCUUCCCUGAGAAUUAUGUUGGAUUUCCAACCACGCAUCACUGCUGGAAAAGAAAGCAUUUACGGCAAUUUAUGUUCCAUUUAUGCCU